AAGCGCAGCGUCGCUAGUCAGCUGGUCGAGAUCUAUCUCGGUCGGCUUGAGGAACUGCGCACCGGAGUUUUGGUCAGCUACCUGGCUGUUUUUGUUCUCUCACCUGUUUAAUCUCUUUUUAAGAUUGUCAGCAAGUGCCACGUUUUUCUGGCGAGAAUUAGUUCGUUUAGCUGCAUGAAGAUUUAGUUUUUGCCUACGUGUGCGGUGCAUUCAUUUGAUCUAUUUCGCCGAAGAAUUGCAGCCCAGUUUGUGGGUAGCUCACGAGGUCCACGCAAUACCAACCCAGCGAGUUCAAUGAUCGGCAAGCUGUGCGAUAACUACAAAAUGUGAAGACCAUGGUUGAAGUCCGUGGCUCAGCAAGAAGUAUCAAAGUUCUGUUUUUUUGGCGAGUGUCAGUGGGGAUCCCGGAUUUGUAAAUUGGCAACGCGCUUAACACCUUUAAAAGGACAUUUACUCGGUCGUCAAAGAUCGGUAAGGCAGUUCCGAGAUGCUGAACCAGAACAUAAUUAAAAAGAAUUGCCAAGCUCCUGAUUAAAAUCGCAUCGGAAUUUAACAUCGUAAUUAACUUUUUUAAAUGUUAUUAUUACAUAUUAUAUAUUUUUUCAAAAUAAUAUUUUACCGAUUUUGUUUGUUCUAAAAGGUAGCCUAUCAUUUUUCUUUCGUGAGUACUUAAAAAGGCUCUCGUUGACACAUCAUCUCAACGCAAAGGAUCCACGAACGAUUUUUUUAGCCAUGGCAUUUUUAAUGAGAAAGAAAAAGUUUAAAUUUCAAACCAGUUUUACGCUGGAGGAACUGACGGCUGUGCCGUUUGUAAAUGGGGUGCUUUUCUGCAAAAUCCGAUUGCUGGACGGGGGAGAUUUCGUCGCUUCAUCUUCAAGGGAGGAGGUGCAGGAGAACUGCGUUCGCUGGAAGAAGAGGUUCUCCUUUGUGUGCAAGAUGAGUGCCAGCUCAGCGACCGGGGUGUUGGAUCCCUGUGUCUGUCGAGUCUCUGUCCGCAAGGAACUCAAAGGAGGAAAGACUUUCUCAAAGCUGGGCUUUGCCGAUCUGAACCUGGCGGAGUUCGCCGGCUCUGGCUCCACGGCGCGCUGCUGUCUGCUGGAGGGGUACGACACCAAGAACACCCGGCAGGACAACUCCAUACUGAAGGUCACGAUCGGGAUGACUCUGCUCUCUGGAGACCCCUGCUUUAAAACGCCCCCAAGCACAGCCAAGUCCAUCUUGGUCCCGGGACAGGACCACUCCCUGCAGCUGGACUGUAAGGGGGAAGGCACCACGAGCACACCCACCGUGGGACGGCCACUCAAAAUGAAGAGCCCCAUGCUCAGCUCUGGUCUGCUAAAGGAGCUGGAUCAGAACCCUUCCAGCCCAGAUGAGGUUUUUCACACCGGCCACUCCCGCAACUCCAGCUACACCAGCCAGCACAGCAAGACAUCAGGCUGCAGCACGGAGCACUCGGCCUCCUCCAGCCUGACGGACCUCACUCACCGCCGCACCGGCUCCACCAGCAGCAGCAGCGCUUCUGGGGCCCCCAGCACCGCCGCGGAGGCCCCCCAGGAGCCCGAAAGGGAGCCCCCUCGCCCGGAGAGACCACCCCGCCCCCCGCUCCCCAUCCUGCUCUCCAACCGCCCUUCCAGGAGGAAGAAGGACGUGGCGGAAGAGAGGCAGCCCACCUGGGUGGAUGACACGCGCAUCGAUGCCGAUGACAUCGUCGAGAAGAUCGUCCAGAGCCAGAACUUCUCUCACGACUUCAACAAUGAAGACAGUAACCUGAGACUGUUUGUCAGCCGGGAUGGGACCACAGCGCUCAGCGGGGUCCACCUGGGGAACAGGGUAUCAGCAGGAGUGUAUGAGCCUGUUGUGAUUGAGAGCCAUUAGACCAUGCAGUCCUGGAGACUCACCACCCUCCAUCUUGUCCAGCCUUGUGGAAGGAACAGCAACACCUGUGUGUGCACGUGCGUGCAUUUGUGCGUGUGUGCGGACAAAAACACAGCAAAACGAAAAAUACAGGAAGCGGGGAAAUCUGCUAUAACCCUGUUUGUGGUGAUUGGGUAUGAGUAUGUCACUUUUACAUUCUUGUUCUUGUUUAAACACACUGGACCUGGAAACUUGGAAAUCCCAAACUGCUUGGCACCUAAAAGAGAAGAAAGGCAUUCUGGUCAAUGUAGUGUGGAACACUGAAAAAUAGAGAUGUCUUAUGGAAAGCUUCAGUACAUUUUGGUGCCAAGGAGUCUGGGAAAUGAAGUUUUUUUUGGGAAGUGUAAUUUAGGGUAAUGGGAUCAGUUGCAUUAGGUGAACAACCACAGCUUAGUUCAGCUCUUCAACUUAACCUGUUUAACAUUACUGUUGCUAUUUGGUAGUUUAAACCUGUGAUUUGCUGAGUGUAUAUUACAUUUUUGUUUCUGUGUAUGUAUAUGAGAGGGAGAGAGAGACAAACUGAGGGAAGAAGGUGCAAGCUUAUUGACUUAUACACAAAUCUACACGGGGGAUAAAAUAUGGGCAAUAAUUUUUGAAGACCAUUACGUGGAGACACUAAGGGUCUAUUAAGUGGGUUUGAACACCCGGUUAGGUGUGGUCUGUCUCUCUCUCUCUCUCUCUCUCUCUUUCUUUCUGUCCCUCUUCCUCUGAUUGAGGAGAGAUGGAAGAGACAUUUUCCUGUUUUUCUUGCAUACAGCGGUUGAUACUGAAUAGUAAAAUGGUUUAGUGUGUACACAAAAAACGAACCCUGGCUCAUCGCCAGGUACGUAAAUGAGCUUUUGCAUAACUGGUGCAACCAAAUCGCAGACUUGGGGAAAAUGGGGAAAUGGUGGGGCU